GAGUAUAUAUGUAAAUAAAAGCGUGCCAUUUAUUGUUGGCCGGAAGACAAUUGCGAGCUCGAAAUUGAUUGCAUUUGGGCGAAGAAUUUGGCACAGCAUACGACUCAUUUGAUUGACAUCAAGGUCGAAGAAUGUUUUAGCAAAGCUAUUUCUAAAUUAAAAGCGAAGAACAGCAAUCGCAACGUUGCUAUUUAUAUCGAUAAUGUAAUCACACGAAACUGCCGAAAAUCAUCAGCCCUGACUGGGCCAAGUGUUAUCAUUUCAUAACAACAAUACAAAUAAAUAAUAUGUCAUUUACACAACGGAUAAAUUAUUACGCCAAACGGAAAUCAGUCAGAUAUGGAGUACCAUUUCUUAUUAUGAUGAUAGGUGGCUCUUUUGGACUACAACAGUUUUCCAAUCUGAGAUAUCAGUAUGCCAAGAAGCAGCCCGUCUCACCUGAAGAAAUGAAGAAGUACGGCGUGAAUAUGAAAAAACGGCAAGAAGUAACGCUCGAAACGGAAUAUGAUAAGGUGAAAAUCAUCGACAUUGACCAUUGGGAAAACAAGCGUGGUCCGCGCCCUUGGGAAGAAGAGGAGCUGGCAGCGACAUCAGCAGCAAAACAUUAGUUCUGUAACAUUAUGUGAUGUAGUUAUUAGCGUUCAUACAAUGUUGUAAAUAAAAUUAAGAUCUUUGUAUUGCAUUGCAUUGCA